GGCUCAGAUCCGAUUUUUCUGUGCCCUGGAAACGCGUCGGCACCAUGAGCGUUUCUUCUAAGAACGAGAAGGCGAGGACUACGGGAUGAUGUCUGGAAGCCGUUCCCUUGGAACUAUUUGCCGAACAAGGUGGCUUUGGUCUGGGGUAUUGCCGAAGUGUGCUUCAUGGGUCCGCUCUUUGCGGUGCUCAUUGGAGUGAAUCUCACUUGGUACCGGGUUUGCAUGUUCAUUUGGCAUCAUCACUACUUUGCCGGGUGCAAGAAAGCCGUGCCUGAGCUCGUGCGCUCCGUCUCCAGGCCGUUGGGACGCCUGAUGCUUCAAGACCCAAGGAAUCAUCCCUAUUUGCCAUGGUUUGCCUUGCUGUCCAUCAUGAUCCCUGCGCUCUUCUUUUGGGCCAUGUGGCGCUAUCACCACUUUGGCUUUGAAUUUUCUACCCUGAUCAUCUACCAUGUCUUGCGUGGCGGACCACGCUUUCGCUUCUUUGGACAUGCGCACACGUUGGUGCACAAGGAAGGUCAUUGCCAUGUGGGUCACUUCGUGAAGCCGUUCAGAAUUCUGAACUAUUUGUGUGAGUGGUGGAUGGCGCCCUUCUUCGGUGUUGUCCCGAACAGCUAUAGCGUUGGUCACAUGAAGAUUCAUCAUCGAUGGCACAAUGAUGUGGAUGAUGUACACACCAACUUGGACUUGGACCGGACCAAGAUUUCAUCGUUUUUCAUUUAUGUCCCCCGCUUUACCCUCUACUGGAUGGGAAUUAGUGUUGUGGCACUCCUGGCAAAGCGCAGAGAAUGGCAGCUUGUUCAACAAGCGCUUCUUGGCAUGGUGGCGUACUAUGGUGUGGCGCUGGCUUUGUUCAUGUGGAGCCCCGUCUUCUGCCUGCUUUUUUGGAUUUUCCCACACGUCGAAGGCAUGGUGCUUUUGUGCGCGAUUUCCUAUCUUUGGCAUGCCUUUGUGGAGGAGUCAGAUCCGGGGAAUCAAUAUGUGAAUUCCGUAACCAUCCUUGAUGGCAAGGACAAUGUCUUCAACGAGGACUACCAUGUGGUCCAUCAUCAUUCACCGUCCACACACUGGACGGAUGCUCCGGUGCACUUUGAAGCCAACAAAGCGAAGUAUGCCGAAGUGACCGCCACGAUCUUCCGAGACACCGAGGAGGGGAAGCUCUUGCAGCAGCUCUUCGAAAAUGACUGGGAUGGGCUGGCAGAGUCUUUUGUGGACCUGACUGGUAAGCUGAAUCACGAGGAGAAGAAAGCUCUUCUUUUGAGGAGGUUGAAGUUCACCGUUGGCCAAGCUGGCCGUGAUGGAAAGCGUUUGGAGUGGGGCUCUUCGGCGACCAUUCGAAACUACGACGAUUGAGUUGAUUGAGUUGCUUGGACUCGAAGAGAAGUUUGCUUGGGCCCUUCGUCUGUUUUGGGGCGCCGAGUGACGAGAAAAGUGUCCCCAAACUCCAGUUUUGCCGGGAUUCCGUGAGAAACCACAUCUAGUUGCCAGCUGAACACGGUGUCUUU